UAACCUGUGGUGUGAUUGGUGGAAAUUAUCUCCUAUUAUCUCCUAUUAUCUCUUUACUGUCUUCAACCUGCAUCAUCAAAGCCAUGAAGGCUCUGAAUCUGCUGCUGCUUCUUUCUGCCUCGUUGGCUUUGAGUCAACCUGCUGUGCUGCCAGAUAUCCUGGAUGGGGCUGAGAGAGAUGAAGCUGUUCCAGAAGAACAUUUGGCUCUUCAUGAAGAGGAACCUGGAAACUGGACAGAUGCAGAAGAACCAACCUUUAAACCUGUGGAUGAAGAAGCUUACCUGAAGGCUCUGAAUGGAACAGUCCAACGUUCAGGAUCCUGUUCCCCUGGCUGGGCCCGGGUCAAAGGUCGCUGCUACCACGUCUUUCCUUUUGGUGCUACUUGGCAUAGAGCUCAGGGGAACUGCAGGUCCAUACAAGCUCACCUGGCAUCAAUCCAUGACUACGAGGUGAACAAUCAGCUUGUGAGGAUGAUAAUGUCUGCAGGUCGGGGCAGUACUGCAGUCUGGGUUGGAGGCAAUGACAUACAAUGGGAGCGCCACUGGCGCUGGGUGGAUGGAAGCUCUUUUCGCUACAGUAACUGGUGUCGAUCCGCACCCAACAACAUGUUUAAUCAGGACUGUUUGCAGAUAAACUACAGUCGUCACAGAUGCUGGGACGAUGCGCAGUGUAACUUUCAAAGACCAUUUAUCUGUGUCAGAAACUCCUGAUGACUGUUUGUGUAGAAAUGAUGCAGUUUGUGUCAAAAACACAGAGGUGUUGGUGUUUUUUUAAAGGAGUGUCAAGACAAUAACAAAGAAUGAAAUCAUUGCAUUUAAAAAAAUAUGAAUGUCUGUAUUCUAAAACACAAAUA